AUCAAAUGUUAAAAAUAGUUGACUAAAAAAAAUCAAAACUGGAUAAAUAUUGAGGAGGGAGGUAGUAAGUCGGUAGGAAAAGAGGAGACUAGUGCACCACCACCACCCACUUGCCUUAGUAAUAUAUUUGAGCAGAGAAUAUACUCUCUUAUUUAUACACUCCGUACCAAAUGUGUGAAUGGAGAAUUUAGUUUUAAAGAAAGAUCUCCACGAACACUUCUAAUAAUCUGCCUAUAUCUUUAAUUUUUCUUUCUUUCUUUAACUUUACAAAAAAAAGAGAGAAGAAAAUAGAAAAAGAAUCAUUAAAUAAAUAUAAUUCAUCAGUUAAGUCGUCGCUGGUCGUUGGGGAUCGGAUGGAUGAAGAGAGAUCGUCAGGAAGAAGAAGGGAAGCAGGGAACAUGCAGGGAGGAGGGGCUUGUGGAGAGGCGGCGCCGCCGGCGACCGUUGACUGGAGGGGCAGACCGGCGGAUCCCCGCAAGCACGGCGGAAUGACCGCCGCUGCCUUUGUUCUUGGGCUGCAAGGAAUGGAGAUAACGGCGAUAGCAGCCGUGGGGAACAACCUGAUAACGUACGCGAUGAAUGAGAUGCACUUUUCGCUGUCCAGAUCAGCAAACGCCGUCACGAACUUCGUUGGGACACUGUUCAUCUCCGCACUCCUCGGGGGCUACCUGUCUGAUGCUUAUCUUGGUUCCUUCUGGACCAUUCUUUUCUUUGGCUGCAUUGAACUCUCUGGUUUUAUAUUAUUAGCCAUACAAGCCCAUUUGCCCCAGCUAAAACCAGCAAAAUGCAACAUGUUUGGGGGAGAUGGGGUUGUGUGUGAGGAGGCAAAAGGGUCUAAGGCUUUGAUAUUCUUUUUGGCGCUGUAUUUGGUGGCGCUGGGGAGUGGGUGUGUGAAACCGAACAUGAUUUCCCUGGGAGCCGACCAGUUCGACGCCCAAACGCAGCCCAAGCUUGUUGCCACCUACUUCAACGCCGCCUACUUCGCCUUCUCCGCCGGCGAGCUCGUCGCUCUCACGCUCCUUGUUUGGCUCCAGACUCACUCCGGGAUGGAGGUUGGCUUUGCCGCCUCCGCCUCCGCCAUGGCGAUGGGUUUGAUCAGCCUCGUCGCCGGCGUCCGCCUCUACCGGAAUAAGCCCCCGAGAGGACGCAUUCUCACUCCCAUUGCUCAAGUUUUAGUGGUAGCGUUUAUAAAAAGGAAAAAUGCACUAGUCCCAUCUGACCCCAUUCCUAACUCCACCACUGCGUUCAGGUGGCUAAACAAGGCUUGUAUAAAAGAGAACCAAGAAGGGUCAAAUAAGGAGAAUCCAUGGAGGGUUUGCAGUGUGAGCCAAGUGGAACAAGUGAAGACACUCAUCUCUAUCAUUCCAAUAUUUGCAUGCACCAUUGUGUUCAACACCAUUCUUGCACAGCUCCAGACAUUCUCAGUCCAACAAGCCACAACCAUGGACACCAAGCUCACCAUCAUAAACAGAUCCUUCCACAUCCCUCCAGCCUCCCUGCAGGCCAUCCCGUACGUCCUCCUCAUCGUCCUCGUCCCCCUCUAUGACGCCGUCCUCGUCCCCCUGGCCCGCAGGAUCAAGGGCGACCAGGACGGCGUCACGCCCCUGCAGCGCAUCGGCAUCGGCCUCCUCUUCGCCACCCUCUCCAUGGCCUCCGCCGCCCUGGCGGAGGCCAAGAGGAGGAGCGCGGCGGCACACCACCGCAGCGGCGGCGUCUCCAUGUUCUGGCUGGCCCCGCAGUACGUGGUCUUCGGGGUGUCGGAGAUGUUCGCCGCGGUGGGGCUGAUCGAGUUCUUCUACAAGCAGCCGCUGAAGGGCAUGCAGGCGUGCGCCACCGCCAUAACCUACUGCUCCUACUCCUUCGGCUUCUAUCUCAGCUCGGUGCUCGUCUCUCUCGUGAACAAGAUCACCGCUCGCCGGUCUUCCUCCGGCGGCGGCGGCGGCGGUUGGCUCGCCGACAAUGACCUGAACAAGGACAGGCUAGAUCUCUUCUACUGGUUACUAGCGGCGUUAAGCCUCUUCAACUUCCUCAACUAUCUGUUCUGGUCAAGGUGGUACUCUCGGUUGCGGUUGCUGCCGCCGCCGCCGCCUUCCUCGGCCUCACAUCACCACGAGUUGAACACAAAUAAGAAGAUUGCUGUGUGGAAUUGAAGUGAUGUAAAUACUACUCCAUAUGAUUAUAUUCAUCUAAAGUAUAAUUAACUUCGUAUGCAUGGCGUGUGUGUGUGUGAGCGAGAGAGAUAAUAAUGACAUAGGGAGUAUUUAUGUAUAUAAUACAAAAGCAUUAACGCACAUCUUACAUAUAGCUUGUAAAAAGAAAUUGUGUGUGUCUAU